CAAGACUGGUUGAUUUCUUUCUCCGUCACCGUUCACCGAUCCACUAGUCUGCAGUUUGAAGCCUCGGUUCUUAGCUCGGUGCAACGCUAGAGUCUUCAACUCUUGCUCCCUUUCGGUUCCUUGCCAGGUGCUGUUUUAAGCCCUUCGAUUGAUAUCCUGCAGCAAGAUAUGGGAGGCAGAGGAGUAAUUGGGGAUAAAUGGUCCUCGAGGAUACUUUUGUUAUGCGCAUUCGGAAGUGCAAUAAGUUUUUAUAUGGUUGCUGCGGAGAGACAAAUGCAGAACAGAGAUCGGAUGUUGGCUGAAAGUCUAAACUCCACAGAAUCUGGCUCGGGUAGUGGAGAGGAAGUUUAAGUAAAUGUGUUUUUGAUCUCCCUCACCACCCAAAUAAAAGGAAACAUUUUCUCUAUGUUGUUUCCUGUAACAUUUGCAAGCUUUUCGCUACUUUCAUCUGAUCGAGGCAAUGUUCCUUUUUCUCUUUUCUUUUCGCCCCUUUUGGGGCACUUGGUAGGUUGUGAUUCUGACCAUGAAUGAACUGACUGAUUUGCAAGAUAUAGUGUUAUCAAUUAAG